AUGGAGGGCGGGGGGGAGGGUCCGGGCGGGGCCGCCGAGGGACGGGGGGGAGGAGGAGGAGGAGGAGGAGGAAGUGUCAUGGCGGCGGCGACGGCGACGGCGGGCGCGGGCUCCUCGACGCGGGGCGGCGGAGGCUCCUCGGCGGCUUCGCGUUGGUUCUUCAGCCGUGAGCAGCUGGAGAACACCCCGUCACGGCGCUGCGGCGUGGAGGCCGAUAAGGAGCUCUCGUACCGGCAGCAGGCGGCCAACCUCAUUCAAGAUAUGGGCCAGCGCCUCAACGUAUCUCAGCUUACGAUAAAUACUGCAAUUGUUUACAUGCACAGGUUUUAUAUGCAUCAUUCCUUCACAAAAUUUAAUCGAAAUAUAAUAUCUCCUACGGCAUUGUUUUUGGCUGCAAAAGUGGAAGAACAGCCACGGAAACUUGAACAUGUUAUUAAAGUUGCACAUGCCUGUCUUCAUCCUCAAGAGCCACAACUGGAUACAAAGAGUGAUGCAUACCUCCAGCAAGCCCAAGAGCUGGUUAUACUUGAAACAAUAAUGCUUCAAACUUUAGGUUUUGAGAUUACCAUUGAACAUCCACACACAGAUGUUGUGAAAUGUACGCAGUUAGUGAGAGCAAGCAAGGAUUUGGCACAGACAUCCUAUUUCAUGGCUACCAACAGUCUCCACCUCACUACAUUCUGCCUUCAGUACAAGCCCACAGUGAUUGCAUGUGUGUGCAUUCACUUGGCCUGCAAGUGGUCCAACUGGGAGAUUCCAGUAUCAACUGAUGGAAAACACUGGUGGGAAUAUGUAGAUCCUUCAGUUACUCUAGAGUUACUAGAUGAGCUAACUCAUGAGUUUCUGCAGAUACUGGAGAAAACGCCUAGCAGGCUCAAGAGAAUUAGAAAUUGGCGGGCUACUCAGGCUGCUAAGAAACCUAAAGGUGAUGGACAGGUAUCCGAGAACUCGCUUCUUGGUUCAUCUUUAGUCCAGAAUUCCAUUUUGGUGGAUACAGUUACUGGUGUAGCUGCAAACACAAGCUUCCAAAAACCAUCAACAUCAUUUCCUGCACCAGUACCUCUGACCUCAGGAAGUAUUUCUGUUCCAGACAGUCAUGCACCUGAAAAUCUGGCAAUACUAGCUACAGGAAUGCCAAGUACCUCAUACAGUUUGGCAUCACACCAGGAAUGGCCUCAGCAUCAAGAACAAACAAGGACAGAACAAAUAUACUCUCAAAAACAGGAGACGUUACCUGCUAGUCAGUACAAUAUGAACUUCCAGCCAGGGACGUCGGUACAGUUGCACUCUGGAGUACAUCACAGACCUGACAAACUUGCUGAGCAUUCUACUGUCAAACCAGAAUAUUCUCAUAAGUCAGGAAACAAACACCACGGACAAGUUGCUGCUCCUGUAAUAAUUCCUCAGAAAAUGUCUUUGGAUAAAUACAGAGAGAAACGCAAACUAGAAACCCUCGAACUGGAUGUGAGAGAACACUACGUAGCAACCCCGGGUGAACAGCAGCAUAAAAAACACAUGCAGCCUCAGGCAGCCAGCAGCUCUUCUGUUGCAUCUCCUAUUAAAAUGAAAAUUCCUAUUGCAAACGCAGAGAAGCCUGAAAAACACUUGUCUGAUAAGAAAGAGAAGGGUGGCUCGCUCAAACUGCGUAUACCCAUCCCACCCACAGAAAAGGCUGCCAGCAAGGAGGAGCUGAAAAUGAAAAUUAAAGUCUCCUCCUCAGAAAGGCACAGCUCAUCGGACGAGGGUAGUGGGAAAAGCAAACACUCCAGCCCCCACGUUAGCAAAGAGCAUAAGGAGAAACACAAAGAACACUCUCUAAAUCGCCACCACGGCAUUGGUCACAAGCACUCCCAUUCGCACGGUGGUGGCAGCAGUAAGCAUAGCACUGAUGGAGUGACCCCAAGUGUUCUGAGAAGUCCUGUGGGCCUGAGUAGUGAUGGCAGUGCCUCUAGUUCCAGCUCUUCAAGGAAGAAGUUGCACAGCAACGAUGCUUCUCACAACCACCACUCCAAAAUGAGCAAAAGUUCCAAAAGUUCAGGUAGUUCAUCUAGUUCUUCCUCUGUUAAGCAGUAUGUAUCCUCUCACAACUCUGUUUUUAACCUUCCCUUACCCCCUCCUCCCCCUGUCACAUACCAGGUGGGCUACGGACAUCUCAGCACCCUCGUGAAACUGGACAAGAAACCAGUGGAGAACGGUCCUGAUGCCCAUCACCAGUACAGUACAAACAGCCAGCAUAUGGACUACAAAGAUACAUUCGACAUGCUGGAUUCGCUGUUAAGUGCCCAAGGAAUGAACAUGUAGUCAAUUCUUAGGUUCUUUUUUCUUUUCUUUUUUCCUUUUUGUUUUGUUUUUAAUUUAAGAAUCGUUAGGAUGGAAAACUUGCUAAUAUAGCAGUAGCAACACCAGCUGUUGCUGCUGUGGUUUUGGUAUAUGUAAGUGCUGCUUUAUCCUUCACUCUGAAAAGAAGAGGUAUAGUAAACAAGUCUUUAUCUCCACAUACAAUAGUGUUAUAAAUACUGUAAUAGCAUGGAAGGUGCAAAAAUCUCAGUAUUUCUACAACUGCAGCUAAGAACAGUAGAAUGAACGUCUGCUUUUAGGUGCAUAGGAUGCCUUGAGCAUUUGAUUAUUUAUAAUUUUGAAUACUGCAGCCACAACUUUUUGUUGCAUAGUUUUUGAAUGAGUAUCAUUGUUUUCUUGUGUAUUUAUACUGUAUGUAUGAUUUGCAUGUUUCAAAGAUAAAGGGAUUUAAAAAAACAAAACAAAACAGUAUGCUGACAACUGUUUACAAGAAAGUGGAGAAAAAUGUACAUACAUUUUUGUAUGUUUAGAUAUACCAUAAAUACUCAGGAUUGGAGCUGCUUGUAAGUAUAACAAAAUACACAUAACUUUAUUUUAAUCUUGCCAGAGUCCAUCAGUUACCCAAACAAAGAUGGCACUUUGUCUUGUUUAUCUUUAAACUGUAGGCCUUAUUGGAAGCCGCUUAAAAGGGACACUUCACUAGGGAAGGUAUCCAGGACCAUGUAGGGUCAUCACCAAACAGUAUUACCAGAGAGGCAGGAAUUUGGGUAGGCCUCUGCUCACUAGUUAUGGCCAGACCUUGGAAAUGUCCCUAAUUUUUUGAAGGAAAAAGGAAUUAAAAUAAAAGUUUACAUAAUCUUUUGAUGUGAAGUGCAUUUAAAUGUUUAUUGGCUUGAUGCAGUAAAAUAGACACAGAGCUGUUAAUGGUUAUGUAGGUUAAUGUGACUUAACUGCAAUUCAUAACUGUCAUUGUGGAAAAAUCCUCUUUUUAAAAGCAAAACUAAUUUAUUUUAAUAGUAAACAGGGGCCACUGUUCCCAUUACCAUUUCAGAAUGAUACCCAGGUUCUCAAAUCCAAAAAGUGUACUUGUGUGUGAUGCCAUAUUUCUUUUACAGGUGAAUGCAGUCUUCACAGUAAAUAAGAAUAAAAACUAUCGAUAUCCCAGCUUUAUAUUCCAACAAUAAAAUAGUUCUCAUUGAUUCUCUGCAUUGUAACUAUCAUUAGUUACCAAACUGGAAGAUACUUCCUCAGUUUUUUCAGCUCUGUGGUGGUUAAAAAAAAAAAAACCAACAACUCAGUCUCCCAGUUGAGCCACUAGCAUCCAUUUUACCUUCCUGAAGGUGUCAGUGCAGUGGCCUGUGUGCCAUUUCCAGGGUGUUUCUCUCUUCCCAAGAAACAGGAGGUGUGAAUGUUGCUGUCUUCUCAAAGCCAAUCCCACAGCUCAGCUGCCUGGAUGACAGUGCACUGCCCUGGGGGCUGUUAGUCAGAAAUUAUUCAUAAGCUAUCAAGUACCUCAACACAAACUCAGUAUACAGUAGCAGCUGCCAAUUUUCACUGACUUCUUUGAACCUAGAAGUGAACAUGAUGUGAAAUAACCUUUUGCUCAGCCACCUCAUUCCCUUAGUGCUCCUGUAAUCCUGCAGGUCUGGGAUGCUGAAUCUGAAGCUCAGCCCUCUCAGUUACGUUGCUCACCUGUGCUUUAAAUGAUCAAACUCUUCCAAAUCUACCCCCUCGGUAGUUGCUGUGUGAUGUAACUACAGCUGUAUCAAUUACUAUGUAAUACUCUUGUUUCCAGUAAUGCAAACGCUUGUAAUUACUUGAAUAAGUUUUAUUUGAACUAUGGAUACUUUUUUUUUUCUUUUACACUUUAAGGAAUAUUUAAAUGGAAACCUGAUUGCAUUUUCUGGUAAAUCUAAGUGUAAAUCUUGGCCCAUGUAUAAGAUCCAAAGCUGUCUUACCCCUACUGACUUGGUUAUUUUUCUACAUUCAGAAUGUAACUUUUUGUUACAUAAUUCUACAUUGUUGAAUAUUUUCUGUCCUUUUAUAGUCUGUUGCCUUUCCCUCUCAGCACUAGUCUUGGGUCUGAUUUUUAACAAAUGUAAUCUGCAUUAUAUCUGUCCUAAAAUAUAGCAUGGGCAGAGAGAUGAAAUAGCAGUAAAUUAUCUUAAUUUUUUUUCUUUGAAGCACUACAGUACUUUCUUUUUUAGUCUGUUUAAGUAGCUGUGCCAUGAAAUGCAUCUUCUACAGCCACUUUGGAUAAGCAAUAUAUUGUACUGUAAAUAUAGCAAUUGCUGUUAAAACUUGGAGUUAAAAUGUCUGGAUGGUAACUAGUGCCUGUCUAAUAUAAAUUGGAAAAGAGCAUAGGUCUUCAUGCUAUGGUGCUGUUUUAAAGGAAGUAUUUCCUAUUUUGAUCCUGGGAAAUUGUGAAAUACUGUGGAUAAAAUGUUGCUGUGCUACAUUGAGAUCCAAACAGUGAUUUUUGGUUUCUCUGUAAAGAAUGUCCAUAAAACUCAUUGGUUUUGGUUUUCAAUGUAAUUGUAAAUAUGUGAAACUGUAUGUGACUUUGUGUCUGAAAAUGAAUACAGUGUGGUGGUAGUAGGGGCUGAGAGGGAGGGAGAGGAUAUGCAACAAGAUGCCACUAAUUUUCCCUGCCUGAAAUCCAUAGAGAUUAAGUGACUUGUGCCAGCUGCAGCCUGGUUGAGGUGCUCAAAAUUAAUGAGAUUUAAUGGGAUCAGCCUCAUAAGUGAAUGACUGAAUAAAUGCAAUAAAAGGCUAAUUGACAACACUACUACUACUACUGUUCAUCACUUUGAUUAGAGAUUAAUAUUAUUCUUUUUGUUACAAAUUUUGAGUACAUGUAUUAUGUAAUUUGUAAACAUGACACUGUAGUGGAGACUUUGCUACAACACUAUUAAAAAAAAGGAAAACAACCUUCCCUUUUUGUGAGAUAUGAGGUUUGUAGAAUAGUGAGAUUCUUGCAUAUGUUGAAUCUUAACCUGUUCCUAAUGGUGGGAGUGCUGAAGUAAUGUAUCUCACUGUGACCUGGUACUUCCCUAUUUGCAGAAAAUGGCAGUUCUGUAUAUUCUUUGGGCUACACUGUAAAUAUAAAUGUUUCAUAGUAGCAUAGUUGAUUUUUUUUUUUUUUUUUAGGUACAGCCAUUUGUGUGAGAUUAGCAAAAAAACAACUUUAUUUCUAAGAACUU